AUGAACAAUAAGAACAAUAACAAGUUAUCAAAUGUGUAUUGUUUCAUUGUUGUAAUAAAUUCAUUUUACUUUUCAGAUUUGCAGGAUUCUGAAGUUCAAUCCUAUGUUACUCUUCCUAUCCCUUCUAGUACAUCAGUUAAUGUUAAAUGUGAUUAUACACUUUCCUCAAAUGUGACAAAUAUCACUGAGUUACACAAGUAUAAUUCAAAUGCUUACGAUCAAAAAUUCGUUAAUGAUACAAUAACCACUUGGGAGUUAGUAAUAAAUUCAUUUGAUCAGCCAAAGCCGAAGAGGUUCACUGACCCUGAUGUAAGCAAAACAAUAAUUGAUUGUCAAAUAGUAGUUCAACAACAACAUCGUGACAAAAGACCGGUUGAUUACGAUUUUGAUAUUCUAUUCUUCUUCUGUCUAAAGGAUUGA